GGGUCUGUCUCCGCCCCUUUCAGCCCUGAUUUCUCUCACGCCCCGCCUCUAGGGCCGAGGCUCCGCCCCUCCAGGCUGGCCCCUCCUUCUGGGUUCUGACCCCGCCCCUCCACGCCCGGACUCCGCCCCCAUUGCCAGGGCCUUCUAGAGGCUGCGCUGUCCCGGGCCAGGCUCGGUGGCGCGGAGGCACUGAGGAGCGUCAUGCAGUGCCUGGGAAUCCCGAGCCGGAGCCGCUCCAGGGAGCUCUAUCUGCAGGAGCAGAGCCUCAGGGUGGCGGCGCUCAAUGGGCAGAGGCUGGGCCUACAGGAUGACGAGGACCUACAGGCACUGCUAAAGGGCAGCCAGCUCCUGAAGGUGAAGUCCAACUCAUGGCGGAGAGAGCGUUUCUACAAGUUGCAGGAAGACUGCAAGACCAUCUGGCAGGAGUCCCGCAAGGUCAUGCGGACCCCGGAGUCCCAGCUGUUCUCCAUUGAGGACAUUCAGGAGGUGCGGAAGGGGCACCGCACGGAGGGCAUGGAGAAGUUUGCCCGGGAUGUGCCCGAGGACCGCUGCUUCUCCAUUGUCUUCAAGGACCAGCGCAACACACUAGACCUCAUAGCGCCGUCGCCGGCCGAGGCCCAGCACUGGGUGCAGGGUCUGCGCAAGAUCAUCCACCACUCGGGCUCCAUGGACCAGAGGCAGAAGCUGCAGCACUGGAUUCACUCCUGCUUGCGAAAAGCUGACAAAAACAAGGACAACAAGAUGAGCUUCAAGGAGCUGCAGAACUUCCUGAAGGAGCUCAACAUCCAAGUGGAUGACAGCUAUGCCCGGAAGAUCUUCAGGGAAUGUGACCACUCCCAGACGGACUCCCUGGAGGAUGAUGAAAUUGAGGCCUUCUACAAGAUGCUGACCCAGCGGGAGGAGAUUGAUCGCACCUUUGCCGAGGCGGCCGGUUCCAGGGAAACGCUGUCGGUGGAUCAGUUAGUGACGUUCCUGCAGCACCAGCAGCGGGAGGAGGCGGCAGGGCCUACACUGGCCCUCUCCCUCAUUGAGCGCUAUGAGCCCAGUGAGACUGCCAAGGCGCAGCGGCAGAUGACCAAGGACGGCUUCCUCAUGUACCUGCUGUCCGCCGACGGCAGCGCGUUCAGCCUGGCGCACCGGCGGGUCUACCAGGACAUGGGCCAGCCACUCAGCCACUACCUGAUGUCCUCCUCGCACAACACGUACCUGCUGGAAGACCAGCUCACGGGACCCAGCAGCACCGAAGCCUACAUCCGGGCGCUGUGCAAAGGCUGCCGCUGCCUGGAGCUCGACUGCUGGGACGGCCCCAACCAGGAGCCGGUCAUCUACCACGGCUACACUUUCACCUCCAAGAUCCUCCUCUGCGACGUGCUCAGGGCCAUCCGGGACUACGCCUUCAAGGCGUCCCCCUACCCCGUCAUCCUGUCCCUGGAGAACCACUGCAGCCUGGAGCAGCAGCGUGUGAUGGCGCGACACCUGCGCACCAUCCUGGGCCCCAUGCUGUUGGACCGGCCGCUGGACGGGGUCACCACCAGUCUGCCUUCCCCUGAGCAACUGAAGGGGAAGAUCUUGCUGAAGGGGAAGAAGCUGGGGGGGCUCCUGCCCCCUGGCGGGGAGGGUGGCCCUGAAGCCAUUGUCGUGUCUGAUGAGGAUGAGGCUGCUGAAAUGGAGGACGAGGCCGUGAGGAGCCGCGUGCAGCGCAAGUCCAGGGAGGACAAGCUCAGGCUAGUGAAGGAGCUCUCCGAUAUGGUCAUUUACUGCAAGAGUGUCCACUUUGGGGGCUUCCCCAGCCCUGGCACCCCAGGGCAGGCUUUCUAUGAGAUGGUGUCCUUCUCUGAGAACCGCGCCCUCCGACUGCUCCAAGAGUCAGGAAACAGCUUUGUUCGCCACAAUGUCAGUCGCCUGAGCAGGAUCUAUCCUGCUGGGUGGAGAACAGACUCCUCCAACUACAGCCCCGUGGAGAUGUGGAACGGGGGCUGCCAGAUCGUGGCCCUGAAUUUCCAGACCCCUGGCCCAGAGAUGGAUGUGUACCAGGGCCGCUUCCAGGACAACGGGGCCUGUGGCUACGUGCUGAAGCCUGCUUUCCUGCGAGACCCGAAUUCUACCUUUAACUCACGUGCCCUGGCUCAGGGGCCCUGGUGGACCUGGAAGCGGCUCAGUGUCAGGGUCAUCUCUGGACAGCAGCUGCCGAAAGUCAACAAGAAUAAGAAUUCAAUUGUGGACCCCAAGGUGACGGUGGAGAUCCACGGUGUGGGCCGGGACGUGGCCAGCCGCCAGACUGCCGUAGUCACCAAUAACGGUUUCAACCCAUGGUGGGACACAGAGUUCGUGUUUGAGGUGGUCGUGCCUGAGCUUGCCCUCGUGCGCUUCGUGGUGGAGGAUUAUGACGCGUCCUCUAAGAAUGACUUCAUUGGCCAGAGCACCAUCCCCUUGGGCAGCCUCAAGCAAGGAUACCGCCAUGUCCACCUCUUGUCAAAGAACGGAGACCAGCACCCAUCUGCCACCCUCUUUGUGAAGGUGUCUCUCCAGGACUAGGUUUGGGGGUUCUGAUGGGGCUGCUCCAGGCAGACCAGGCCCUCUGUCCCCAUGUAGGGAGAGGGCUGGUGUGGCUGCUCCGCACCUCUCGCUUGGAGCUAGAGGCCCUGCACUGCCUUCAGCUCUAACAGACGUCUGCUGCUGCCUCCCUGGGGUCUCAGGAGCUGGCCCAGUCCCCGGAGCUCUCCUCGAUUCCAUUAGGAAAAGCACUGCAGCCCGCUGCCGUCGGGCCUGGCCCUGGGUCGAGGGUUUUUAUAAAAGUUAUGACUAAGUCCUGUGGUCUCUUUACCUGAAUGCCAGAAAGUUCCUAUAAAGGGCACGU